AUGGAGAAGGUGAAUGCAUGGGGAGAGCCGUCCUCGCGACGUCCAAAGCUGGAGCCGGGCCGUGACCCGAGUGACUCUCACGAUCUUCUUUCGCAUCCAUCUCUGCUUCCAGCCUGUCUGCUUCGCGCUACAAGACACGGUCCAUCUUGCCAACUCAUUGAAAGCCUCGAGCCUCGCUACAAUCCACUUUUCUCCCGCCUUCGUCAACGACACCGCUGGGUCGACGUAAUGCUGCAGGCUGUUGAUAGCCAGCGGACCGCACGAGAAUCCAUCCUCCUGAUGGCCAAUAGCCAAGCUCUCGACUUCUUUGGCGGUAUCGGUUGCUUGAACGAGUCGCCAUACAAGACGCGCACCCGCUCGUCGGAGAACUCGAUGACAAGUGACGUCCAGUGA